ACCCUUUCUCUCUCUGUAUCUCUCCUCUUUGCUUUCUAUCUCAGUCCUCUUUCUAUCUCAUCGUCAGCCCAUGCGUAUCUGUUUUUAAUUCAUUUACUAUUUUACGUUGUAUUUUUGUUGUUUAUGGGUUCUGUCCUCGUUUUAAGAUGACUUUGGCAUUUGUGAACAGAGCUUCUCGUCUCUUUUACCCAUUUCGCACCUUCUCACCACUCUCAGCUGCCCCUGCUCUCAACCACCCUUCUUCUCCUUCUCUCUCUAACCCUAAUAAUACUUCUUAUCACUCCAACCAGUCCCAUUGGAGAUCGCCUCUCAGCCAUCGCGCCUUUAUCAGGAGCUCCACCAUUAAUCUCGAUCGUUUUGAGCGGAGGCUUGCAACCAUGGCGACUCAAAAUGUGUAUGAGAGCAUCUUGACCUCACUUCCCAAACCAAGUGGAGGUGAAUUUGGGAAAUAUUACAGUCUACCUUCGCUCAAUGAUCCUAGAAUUGACAAGCUGCCUUAUUCUAUCAGGAUCCUCCUGGAAUCUGCGAUCAGAAACUGUGAUGAUUUUGAGGUUAAGAAGAAUGAUGUGGAGAAGAUCAUUGAUUGGGAAAAUACAUCUCCAAAACAAGUGGAGAUCCCCUUUAAACCGGCUCGUGUACUUCUUCAAGAUUUUACUGGCGUUCCUGCAGUGGUAGAUCUUGCUUGCAUGAGGGAUGCUAUGAACAAACUUGGAAGUGACUCAAAUAAGAUUAAUCCUUUGGUACCUGUGGAUCUUGUCAUUGAUCACUCAGUCCAGGUCGAUGUGGCACGAUCAGAAAAUGCGGUGCAGGCCAAUAUGGAACUUGAGUUCCAACGAAACAAAGAGAGAUUUAGUUUCCUUAAAUGGGGUUCUAGUGCUUUCCAUAACAUGCUUGUUGUCCCUCCCGGGUCUGGAAUUGUCCAUCAGGUGAACCUCGAAUACCUGGGACGCGUAGUGUUUAACAAUGAUGGCAUACUUUAUCCAGACAGUGUGGUUGGGACCGAUUCUCAUACCACUAUGAUAGAUGGGCUAGGUGUUGCUGGCUGGGGUGUUGGAGGAAUAGAAGCUGAAGCUGCAAUGCUUGGGCAGCCGAUGAGUAUGGUUUUGCCGGGUGUCGUUGGAUUCAGGUUAUCUGGAAAACUGAAGAAUGGCGUGACAGCUACUGAUUUGGUUUUGACGGUGACCCAAAUACUACGGAAGCAUGGUGUUGUUGGCAAGUUUGUGGAGUUCUAUGGAGAGGGAAUGAGUGAGCUAUCCCUGGCGGAUAGGGCCACAAUUGCCAACAUGUCCCCUGAAUAUGGUGCAACCAUGGGUUUCUUUCCUGUGGAUCAUGUCACUCUACAAUACUUGAAACUGACUGGCAGAAGUGAUGAGACAGUGGCCAUGAUAGAGUCCUACCUACGAGCUAACAGAAUGUUUGUGGACUACAAUGAGCCUCAGACGGAGAGAAUAUACUCAUCAUAUCUCCAGCUGAAUCUUGAGGAUGUUGAGCCUUGUAUUUCAGGCCCCAAGAGACCUCAUGAUCGAGUCCCCUUGAAAGAGAUGAAAGCUGAUUGGCAUUCUUGCUUGGACAACAAGGUUGGAUUCAAGGGAUUCGCGGUGCCAAAAGAAUCUCAAAAUAAGGUGGUGGAGUUUUCUUUCCAUGGAGCUCCAGCACAACUCAAGCAUGGAGAUGUCGUUAUUGCUGCGAUUACCAGUUGCACAAAUACCUCAAACCCUAGUGUAAUGCUUGGAGCUGCACUAGUUGCAAAGAAGGCUUGCGAACUAGGUCUUGAGGUGAAGCCGUGGAUUAAGACCAGUCUUGCUCCAGGUUCCGGAGUCGUUACUAAGUACUUGCAGAAAAGUGGUCUACAAAAGUAUCUAAAUCAACAAGGUUUUCAUAUUGUUGGGUAUGGAUGCACUACUUGUAUUGGAAACUCUGGAGAUAUCGAUGAGACUGUUGCUUCAGUCAUUUCUGACAAUGACAUAGUUGCUGCAGCUGUAUUAUCUGGUAAUAGAAACUUUGAGGGCCGUGUUCAUCCUCUUACUCGAGCAAAUUAUCUUGCUUCUCCUCCUCUUGUGGUCGCCUAUGCUCUUGCUGGCACGGUUGACAUUGAUUUUGAGACACAGGCAAUUGGAACUGGAAAGGAUGGGAAGAAGGUAUUCCUCAGGGAUAUCUGGCCUUCCAAUGAAGAAAUAGCAGAGGUUGUGCAGUCCAGUGUGCUACCAGACAUGUUCAAGGCUACAUAUGAAGCAAUCACCAAAGGAAACCCCAUGUGGAAUGAGCUAUCUGUUCCUACCAGCAACCUCUACAAAUGGGACCCAUCCUCAACCUACAUACAUGAGCCCCCUUAUUUCAAGGACAUGACCAUGUCGCCACCUGGUCCACAUGGUGUUAAAGAUGCAUACUGUUUACUUAACUUUGGUGAUAGUAUAACCACUGAUCACAUCUCUCCAGCUGGAAGCAUCCACAAAGACAGUCCAGCUGCCAAGUAUCUCAUGGAACGUGGUGUUGAUAGAAGGGACUUCAACUCUUAUGGGAGCCGACGUGGCAAUGAUGAGGUGAUGGCUAGAGGCACCUUUGCCAAUAUUCGCCUUGUGAAUAAGCUCUUGAAUGGAGAAGUUGGCCCUAAAACAAUCCACAUACCCACAGGGGAGAAGCUGUCUGUGUUUGAUGCUGCAAUGAGAUACAACACCCAGGGCCAGGACACCAUCAUCUUGGCUGGGGCAGAAUAUGGCAGUGGAAGCUCUCGUGACUGGGCUGCGAAGGGUCCAAUGUUAUUGGGGGUGAAAGCUGUCAUAUCUAAGAGCUUCGAACGAAUCCAUCGUAGCAAUUUGGUGGGCAUGGGUAUCAUUCCAUUAUGUUUCAAAGCUGGUGAAGAUGCAGAUACUCUUGGGCUUACUGGCCAUGAACGAUACACAAUUGAUCUGCCUAGCACUGUUUCUGAGAUACGGCCAGGACAAGAUGUAACAGUAGUUACUGAUAGUGGCAAGUCAUUCACCUGCACUGCACGGUUCGACACAGAGGUGGAACUUGCAUACUUUGACCAUGGUGGAAUUCUACCCUAUGUCAUAAGGAACCUGAUCAAUGCAAAGCACUGAGAUGUUCGCAGGGCCGAGUGUCAAGUAAAAGGGAGGGUGAAAUAAUUCUGAGUUGGGCCUUGUAGGUUUUAUUUGGCUAGGGUUCUUCAUAACAUGCCAAGUGCUUUCAAAAGUUUUGGAAUAAAAGGUGGAGAAGGUCUUAAGCCCUAGUUGCAUUUGUAACUUAUCCUAGACAAGGGGUAUAUUGUAUGAGCACGAACAAGGCUAACAUCAUGCAAAUUCAAUUUGGUUUGGACUCUUGAGAAAAUUAUGUGAGGCCCAUG